UUGUUUUUCUACGAAUAUUAUUUGGAGGCAGAACUAGGACCUGGGGAAACGCUUGGCUCCUCUUCGAGCCCCGAGGGUGCAGGUUGGGCAGGGCGGGCUCCGGUGGGCCGCACACCCAUCACCCGUACUAGCGUGAGGUUGUCGAAGAGAAAAUCUCACGUUUCGCAUCCUCAAAUUUCCGGAUCUGAAACCCUAUGCAAGCAGCAACCGCGGGAGAGCGAACAGCGGCGGGAUGACCAUUCACAAGGCUGAGCAUUCACAGGGCUGCGGGGAAGGCGGGAGUAACAGCUCGCAGCAUACCGCGGCCCCGCCCCGCAGAGGCCCUGCCCCGCCCCCGCCAGAGUACAGAGUACGAGCUCCGACUUGGUCUCGUCCGCGGCCGUCCCCACCCCUCAGCGCGCUGUGGUACGUCCCGCGCUCAGCUUGGCCCAAGAUGGCGGCCUCCGUGUGCAGCGGGUUGCUGGGGCCACGGGUGCUGUCCUGGAGCCGAGAGCUGCCUUGUGCUUGGCGCGCCCUGCACACCUCCCCGGUCUGCGCCAAGAACCGGGCGGCCCGAGUACGCGUAAGCAAGGGGGACAAGCCGGUGACCUACGAGGAGGCACACGCGCCGCACUACAUCGCCCACCGUAAAGGCUGGCUGUCGCUGCACACAGGUAACCUGGAUGGAGAGGACCAUGCCGCAGAGCGAACGGUGGAGGAUGUUUUCCUUCGCAAGUUCAUGUGGGGUACUUUCCCAGGCUGCCUGGCUGACCAGCUGGUUUUAAAGCGCCGGGGUAAUCAGUUGGAGAUCUGUGCCCUGGUCCUGAGGCAGUUGUCUCCACAGAAGUACUACUUCCUCGUGGGCUACAGUGAAACUUUGCUGUCCUACUUUUACAAAUGUCCUGUGCGACUCCACCUCCAAACUGUGCCCUCAAAGGUUGUGUAUAAGUACCUCUAGAACAAUCCCCUUUUUUCCGUCAAGCUGUAGCCUGCAGAGAAUGGAAACGUGGGAAAGGAAUGGUAUGUGGGGGAAAUGCAUCCCCUCAGAGGACUGAGGCAUAGUCUCUCAGCUGCUAUUGAAUAAAGACCUUCUAUCUUG